AUGUUCAGAUUCAACGCCCUUAGACAGUCCUCAAGACUGACGAAGCAGGCCAUUGUUGCCUCUGCCACCGCUGUUGGUCUUUCCGCCUACUAUGCGCACCUUUACGCUACUCCUGCUCAGGCUAUGACCGAUGCCGAGCACGGUCUUCACGCCCCAGAAUACGACUGGGACCAGAAAAAGGCCCUCUCCACAUUUGACCACUCCUCCCUGCGCCGUGGUUACCAGGUUUACCGUGAGGUCUGUGCUGCCUGCCACUCCCUUAACCUCGUUGCCUGGCGUACUCUUGUCGGUGUUACUCACACCUCUGACGAAGUCCGCGCUAUGGCUGCCGAAUUUGAGUACGACGACGAACCCGAUGAUGAGGGUAACCCCCGCAAGCGUGCCGGUAAGCUCGCCGACUACAUGCCCGCUCCUUACGCCAACGAGCAGGCUGCUCGUGCCGCCAACCAGGGUGCUCUCCCCCCAGAUCUUUCUCUUAUGGUCAAGGCCAGACACGGUGGCUGCGACUACAUCUUUGCUCUUUUGACCGGUUACCCUGAGGAAACCCCCGCCGGUGUUACCCUUGCCCCUGGCCUUAACUACAACCCCUACUUCCCCGGUGGUGGUAUUGCCAUGGGUCGUGUUCUCUUUGACGGUCUCGUUGAGUACGAAGAUGGCACUCCUGCUACCACUUCUCAGAUGGCUAAGGAUGUUGUCAACUUCCUCAACUGGGCUGCUGAGCCUGAGCACGACGACAGAAAGCGUGCUGGUCUUAAGGCUCUUAUAAUCCUCUCCUCCCUUUGGGCUAUUUCUAUCUGGGUUAAGAGAUGGAAGUGGGCUCCCAUUAAGACUAGAAAAUUCAUCUACAACCCUCCCAAGAAAUAA